UGUCCGUUCUUCGGUGCUCUUCCCAGUGCGGCGUGUGGUAGCGAAACGUGUGGUAGGCCACGGUGAAGUCAUCAGCUACAAUCUUGCAUUCUCAUCAAGCGUGAAAUUGUGCAGUGCCGUCCGCAACCUACAUUCCUGCAGUGCCGACCGCCGGUGACCAGUUCAGUUAUUGUGAGCAUGGGCACAGAAUUCAAGGAUGUCGACGUGAACAUGGAAGACUCCGGCAACAGCUGCGGAAGCAGCGUCGUCUCGGACUACAGCGGACCGUCGGACCACACCGACUUCGACGGAGAUGGCGUCCAGGUCUCCGACCUGGAGGGCGACGCCGACGAGCUGCGGCUCCCACAGUGCAGCACACCAGACGAGUACGGUGACUGCAUGGCAGACGUGAACUACUUCCUCGAGAUGGAGGAGAGGAUGAAGAACAACAACAGCGGCGUCGGGGACGUGAAGAACAUAGAAUCUCAGCAGCGACUCGCGGUGCUCAGCUUCGAACAGGUCUGUCGCCUGAACGACGUCAUGGACGAGGUGGUGAGCAUCCACGGCCGCGGCAACUUCCCGACGCUCGAGGUCCGUCUGAGGGAUUUGGUGAACGUCGUCCGCAAGAAGCUGGAGAGCGACCCGGCCUCCGGGGGAGCGGGAAUGCGGGUCCGCGAUAUCCGCCUCAACGGCGGCGCCGCGUCCCACGUCCUGGCCACCGAGUCCCAGCCAUACAACGACCUGGAUCUCAUCUUCGGCGUGGAGUUGUCCAACAUGCGCAACUUCGACCGGGUCAAGUCCGCCGUACUCAGUUCUCUCUACGAAAUGUUACCUGAUGGCGUCAGCCGCAAACGCAUGUCCACAUGCAGUCUCAAGGAAGCUUACGUAAGCAAGAUGGUGAAAGUGAAUAGUAGUAAUAACGAUGGUGAUCGCUGGUCCCUCAUCUCCCUCGGUAAUUCCCGCGGUCGCGGCGUCGAGCUGAAGUUCGUCGACAGCAUGCGGCGGCAGUUCGAGUUCUCGGUGGACUCUUUUCAAAUCAUCCUGGACUCUCUUUUGCUCUUUUACGAAUGCAGCGAGCUUCCGAUCAGCGAGAAUUUCUACCCGACCGUGGUGGGGGAGUCCUUCUACGGCGACUUCCAGGAAGCCCUGUACCAUUUACACAAGAAGCUGAUCUCAACGAGACACCCCGAGGAAAUCCGCGGCGGCGGUCUGCUCAAGUAUUGCAAUUUGCUAGUCAAAAACUACAAACCCGCGAAUCCGGACCACAUCAAGAGCCUCCAGAAGUACAUGUGCUCGCGAUUCUUCAUCGACUUCCCCGACAUCAACCAGCAGAGAGGCAAGCUGGAGAAUUACCUGUGGAAUCACUUCGUGGAGCCCGAGGAGGAGGCCCUCAAACACCAGUACCUGAUGCUUUUGCACGACGUCGUGGAGGAGUCCACCGUCUGCUUGAUGGGGCACGAGCGGCGGCAGACCCUCCAGCUGAUAAAGAGCCUCGCUUGGCAGGUCCUCUACCAGGACCAGCAGCGCAUAAUGACCCAGCAGCCGCCGCCCCUCAUGUACGCCAACGGCAUCGUCUACGCUCCCAUCAUCCAGACAAGUUGCUACUGUACGUGUAACACUUGGAUGUCGUGCUGUUCGUCGUGAUGUGUAUAAGUCUGUGCGAGUCGUAUGAAAGCGGGACCACCAGCAUCUUGUCUAUAAAUUGUGUAGAUUUGGUAGCUGUUGUGCGCCGCGCAAAGACUUUGACAAAAUGGUUCCAAUCUCGUACAGACACGAAAUUACCGACUGAGGUUCCCGUUUUCGGAGCCCGUAUAAUAAACUCUCUGAAUGCAGGCUAGACGCGUCGUCUCUAAACUCUACGAAACCAUUCCGAAAUUUUACACACAUUGCUAUUAUUUGUUGAUUUUGUUGCAACAUGAGGCUGAAAGUUCUUUAAAAACAUGUUGACGCAUCGUUGGUGUGUGGCUGUGAGAAACACAUUUAUAAUUGGGUUGUGUACAUGGAGAUUUAGCGAUUGGAGCGUAUUUCUCGAGAGAUGCAGCAGCCUGAAGCGUCCGAUACGUCGCUCAAUUUUACUCAAUAUUGUAAGUCAGAAGGACCCUCUCGGGCUCUCCACCGCCACUCCUAGACCUCUCUUCCUGUUCUGGAACUUUGCCGUAAUGCAUUUUAUACGCAUACUAUAUACGUACAUAUGAAUUUUAGCAUAUUUGUACUUUAAUCACCGACUCUUCUUGUUUGUACACUUUACUUGAUGCUUUAAAGAGAACCGUUUAUUUAUUUUAAGUUUUAUCAGAGCAGUGUUAUGUUACGUCAUUUAUUCCCCUACAUUAUUGUACUUUACAUACUUAUUAUAUUUUAAUAGUGUAUUGAUGUUUAAGUAUUGCAUCGACAUUGGGCCUCUUAUUUAUUGUGUAUUUUAAUUUGUUUGAUGGUUAAAAGUGACCUUCAGGCUGCAUACAUACAUAUUAUAUUUUUUUAGAAAUGCUGCAAUCAGUGCAAACGUCGCCCGGUCGCAAUAAGUAUUAAAAUGUACAUAUUGUAAUAUACAAGUCAUAACUUCAUAUUAAGUGAAUAUUUUCAGAAAUAUGUAUGUAGUUUGUCACAAGUAAAAUUAGCAAAUGUAUGGAUAGAUAAAUCAGAUUUUUAUUUUUUAGAUAUUUUAGAGAAAAUUAAAUACUUAAAAAAAAGUUACACUGAGCGUUAAAUUAAAACAAACAAAAAAAAAACACGUAUACGUGAUCAGGCCUAAUUUAAUCGUGUAACGAGCCAGCUCAGUCUGACUAUCUAUAGUUAAUCAUAGACUGCUCGGUGACCUCUUCAAUAUGCCUACGAGUACUUAUGUCGCGAGGGUGACUGACUGAAAAAUUACAUACAUAACAAUAUUGGAUCCCUAGGAUUCGUUUUAAGCUAUCGUCUAUCAUAAAAAUUACAAAAAAAAAAACAAAAUGUCUAUUUUGAUUGAAAUGUAUGUAUGUUAUUAUGGGCUUAAUUGUAUAUUUUUAUUGUUCCAUAGGCCCAGUAAGAAUAAACUAAGGAAAAUGUAAAAACCCAAUAAAAAUCAAUAAAAUGUGUAAACAUUUCUGAAAUCA